AUGCAUAGUGCAGGUAAACGCAUCACACGACCACCCCUGAGGUACAACCCUUCUCUUCAAUACCCCUCUCCCAUACUACCUGCAACUGAUUUUGAUUUGACAAUGGCUGGACUUGAGGAUGAACAGCAAUCCCCCCCAAUAGACUCUCCCCUCUCUCUAGAGUCCCUAGCUCAACUUGUCGGUAACAUGAACGAUGCUUUUAACGCCCAGAUGGAAACUAUUUCCCGUAAAUUCAGUGAACUAGAUACCCGCAUGGACGAACUCUGCACCCGCAUAGAUGAUAAUGACUCGGACGUUCGUGUUAAAUUCAAUCAGUUUCAAUCCUCUUUCAAUAAAGACCUCAUUACCAUGCAGAACGAUAUCUCUAUAGAGCAACAACGGUCCCAGGAGUCCCAUAAAAGCAUUACCACUACCCAACGAUCAUUCAAUGACACCAUCAAAGCACUAAGCGACCGCGUAAGCCUCACAGAGGGACAAAGUGCCCGACUAGCCGCUCUAGAAAAUAAAUUUCAAUACUCCAUUACCAAUUCACUACCCCCACGGUUUCUACUAAUUCACAGCCCGUACAUCAUAAUUCAUUUAAUAAUUGUUUAA